CUCGACACCCCGCCCACCAUGUCUGCCUUGCCCCGGUCAAUUGGCUCGCGGCUCCUGCCUGCUGCCAUUCGCCCUUCCGCCCCGCGGGCUAUCGCACCCAAGUACCGCGCAUUUGCCUCCAACGAUGCAUCCAACGAAGUCGCGUCCAAGACCAGCUCCAGCGAAGCACCCAACGCGCCCCUCACCGAGUCGGCCCAGGGCAGACAAGAGAGCGCCGCCGAUUCCAUGCGACACAAGCCGGACUACAAUGUGGCGAUCGACUAUCGCACCUCGAACUUCUCCCCCAUUCCAAAACGAGUGAUGGACGGCAGUGAGCCUGGAGAGGUUGUGGCUGCUGCAGUCCUUUCUGGUGCUCCCAUCGAUCUGCAAGCCAGGACAGUGCGCAUCUACCGCCCGGCCAAGGCGGCCACGCAGUCCGGAGACUGGCACUCACACCACUGGCUGAUGGAUUGGGACGUCUUGCCCAAGGGACAUCGGUGGGAGAACCCACUGAUGGGAUGGCAGUCGUCCGCCGAUUUCAUGAAUGGCCACCGGAUACAAUUCAAGUCGAAGGAGGAUGCCAUCAACUUUGCGAACAAGCAGGGAUAUGAGUACUUUGUGCAGGAGCCCAAUGAGCGGAAAUUCGUCCCCAAGGCGUACGCCAACAACUUCACGCACAGCCCCAAGAAGCUCAAGAUCAUUAGGUCAAAGUAAGUUGCUCAAGAGCUAGAAGCAAUGAAAUGGGCUGUGUAUAUAAAGAAUAAUCUUCUUCUUUCCUUUUGCACGACG